ACUACUGCUCCUACAACAACUACUGCUGAUACUACGACAACUCCUGCUCCUACAACAACUACUGCUGAUACUACGUCAACUACUGCUCCUACAACAACUACUACAACAACUACUGCUCCUACAACAACUACUGCUGAUACUAUGUCAACUACUGCUCCUACAACAACUACUGCUGAUACUACGACAACUACUGCUCCUACAACAACUACUGCUGAUACUACGUCAACUACUGCUCCUACAACAACUACUGCUCCUACAACAACUACUGCUGAUACUACGUCAACUACUGCUCCUACAACAACUACUGUUCCUACAACAACUACUGCUGAUACUACGUCAACUCCUGCUCCUACAACAACUCCUGCUCCUACAACAACUACUGCUCCUACAACAACUACUGCUGAUACUAUGACAACUACUGCUCCUACAACAACUACUGCUGAUACUAUGACAACUACUGCUCCUACAACAACUACUGCUGAUACUACGUCAACUCCUGCUCCUACAACAACUACUGCUGAUACUACGUCAACUACUGCUCCUACAACAACUACUGCUCCUACAACAACUACUGCUGAUACUACGUCAACUCCUGCUCCUACAACAACUACUGCUCCUACAACAACUACUGCUGAUACUACGUCAACUCCUGCUCCUACAACAACUACUGCUCCUACAUCAACUACUGCUCCUACAACAACUACUGCUGAUACUAUGUCAACUACUGCUCCUACAACAACUACUGCUCCUACAACAACUACUGCUGAUACUACGUCAACUCCUGCUCCUACAACAACUACUGCUCCUACAACAACUACUGCUCCUACAACAACUACUGCUGAUACUACGUCAACUCCUGCUCCUACAACAACUACUGCUCCUACAACAACUACUGCUGAUACUACGACAACUCCUGCUCCUACAACAACUACUGCUGAUACUAUGACAACUACUGCUCCUACAACAACUACUGCUGAUACUAUGACAACUACUGCUCCUACAACAACUACUGCUGAUACUAUGACAACUACUGCUCCUACAACAACUACUGCUCCUACAACAACUACUGCUCCUACAACAACUACUGCUCCUACAACAACUACUGCUCCUAUGACAACUACUGCUCCUACAACAACUACUGCUGAUACUACAACAACUACUGCUGAUACUACGUCAACUACUGCUCCUACAACAACUACUGCUCCUACAACA